GCUGAAGGGUAACGCGGGUUUGCCAGCUCGGCUUUGCAGAACUAGUCCUGACGUAGCUGGAGGAAGGUCCGCUUGAGAUCAGAAGGGGAGACGACCACAGGAUCGUCGCUUUUCAGGCAGACGUGGAUCCCCGUUUAUUUUUCCCCUCUUCUAUUAUCCAAAUGUUAUAGAAACAAAGUUUUUGACUUUCUCCGAGGCGAAUGGGUGACCACGAUUCUCGACGGCUCUAUGCGAGGAGGAGAUGAUGAAUUACAGUACCAGCUACCGUCACAAAAGUCAAACCCAGAAUCACACAAGAGACCGGAACAACAAGAGGAGCGCCUGGCUUUCCCUGAUAUUGUUCAGGUUUUCCCUGCGCGAUUAUGGCUUUUGCAUGACUUCUCUGUUCCUGUUUUGUCUCGGUUCCCUAUUCUAUCAGUGGAACGGCGGACCCCCCAAAUUUCUCCUAGAAUUCCGACAAUACCUCGGACAGUCAACUUUUUUUGAUGACCAUGGACCCUAUCCCCCUAGAGUGCUGCCAUUCCCUAGCCAGGUAGUCUACAACCGGGUGGGGAAGUGCGGCAGCCGCACUGUGGUCCUGCUGCUACGUGUCCUGGCCGAGCGUCACCAUUUCACCCUGGUGUCCUCCGAAAUCCACAACAAAACCAGGCUCACAAAACACGAGCAGGUGGACCUUAUGAAGAAUAUUAGUAACCUUCCAAAGCCGUUCCUUUUCACACGGCAUGUACAUUUCCUUAACUUCACCAGGUUCAGGAUCGAACAGCCAGUGUACAUCAACAUCAUUAGGGACCCUAUAAGCCGCUUCCUCUCCAAUUAUUUCUUUCGCCGUUUUGGGGACUGGAGGGGAGAACAGAACCACCUGAUCCGGACUCCUGGAAUGAAAGAUUUUGAGAGAUAUCUGGACAUUAACGUGUGUAUUCUGGAGAAUUACCCAGAAUGCUCUAACCCUCGCCUCUUCUACAUAAUUCCCUACUUCUGUGGACAACAUCCUCAGUGCCGGGAGCCUGGUCCCUGGGCUUUGGAGAGAGCCAAAAAGAACGUUCUAGAGAACUUCCUCCUGGUAGGGAUCCUGGAAGAGCUGGAAGAUGUGCUCCUCUUACUGGAACGUCUUCUACCUCACUUCUUCAGUGACGUGCUCAGCAUCUACAAAAGCCCCGAGUACAGGAAGCUGGGGAACAUGACGGGAACAGUGAAGAAACACACCCCCACCCUGAGGGCCCUGCAAGUGCUGUAUCAGCGCAUGAAGUAUGAGUAUGACUUUUACUACUUCGUCCGGGACCAGUUCCAUCUAGUAAAGAAGAAGAUCGGCCUGAAAUCGGCCUCAACCCAAACGCACCAGCCGAGCUUCCUGCUGAACCUGCCCUUGACUACUCAGGAGCCAGAGGAGGAGGAAGAAGAAGAGGAUGAUGAGGAGGAAGAAGAUAUAGAGUUGGAUGAUGCCCACAGCUGGUUGGUGCAACCCUAAACAGUCCCACCCACAAAAGAGGUGGGGCCAACAUGGGAAGCUAGACUGUGAUUGGACAUUAUUCCCAACUAGGCGUAUCCAGGCAACAGAUCUGUAUUAUUACAGAUGGUCCUUAGCAUCUGCAGAAUGCACGAAUCUUCAUGGAGGUGUGAAGAUUGCAGCAGAGUGCAAUGCUACCCAUUAACCAUGAAUAUUUAAACAAAAGAUCCAUUUUGUAAGGAAAUCAAAGAGAUUGUCCUGUCCAGGUCUAAUCUGGCAAGAUGUACAGGGUUUGGACACUUUGGACUAGAUUGCCAAUAUUCGCUAUGGGGAGACUGCAGCUUUGGGCAAGGUGCUGAAUUUUCUGGGCCAGGAGGCGUAAGGACACCUUCUUGGGAAUCGUUGUGUUUGGUUUCCCCCAAAGGCAAUUAUUUCAGCUCGACGUGCUUGUUGAAAUGCUAGUGUUGCUGGCGUUUUGAAGGACUUACAAGAAGGAGUACAGAGUGGCUCGUGUAGAGAAUGUGCAUUUCAAAGGAAAAAAAAGUGAUGUGAACAGUUAUCACUGAAAAGAUGUGUGCAGCAGGGUUGGUGCUGCUCACAUAGGGUUUAGAUGCUGACUAUCCUCUAAUGACAAUGCAUUAUGUAAGAAAAUAUCCACUAAGCAAAUUAAUAAUACAGCAAUUCAUUCAUCCAAAUAGUGAACUUAAUUGCUUUAUGUAACGGCAACGCUUACACACUGAAAACCCCAUUUUCCUUUUCAUGGUACAGAGAGAGCACUCUUUGUGAUGGUAGAGACCAAAAAUCUUACUCAACAAUGUCAAAACUAUUAACAAUGAAAAAACAGCUCAUCUCCAUGGCAGCAAAUGAUAUGUCCAUCCUGGUCUAUUAAACUGACCCAAACUCAAUCCAACGUACAAUAUUUUAUAAAACAAGCUGAUUUAUUGUACAGUUUCUUCAUCUUGCCCAUUAAUUGGCUGUGCAUUUCUUCAAUGAUCAAACUUUUUUUGUCACAUUUCUUGUAAAAAAAAAAAAAAAAGUACGCUAUGAAGUGAAUUAGCUUUGCAUCUAUAAUAGCUUGCAUAUGACGCCAGUAAAACAGUGUUAACACAUGUAAAUACCCAUGUCGUACAUCACAGGAGUUGAACAAAUUGUUUUUUUUUUCUUUUACUAUUUAUUAAAUGUAUACAUUGCAUUUUCUCAGGAAAAAAAAUGGAAAAUAUAUUUUUCAGAAUGUAUUUUGGCAAUCGCAGUAUCAGAUACUGUUCUUGUAGCACCUUGAAGAGUUAAAUUCUGUCUGGGCUCCUGUUUUAAACAAAAAAAUGAUAUACGAGAGCCAUUGAAUAAAACAUCAUUGCUAUCA